UGGUGGGAAGCAGCAAGUUGGACACCCCAACUACACUACUUAUAUUACCUGAACUGGAGUUUUCAGAAUCAGAAAAUCAUACUUGGUUUCAAGGAAAAGAAUACAAGGAUGCGGAACACACAAGAAAAUCUAAUAAGAAGUGCAGUUUUCUGCAAGCCUAUUCCUUUAUGGCAACCAACAAGCAGGUUAGCUUAUUGAAAGAGUUAUUGCUUAUUAGCUUAUUGCUAUGUGUUAUUAGACCCAGGCAAAAUCCCCAAAAACUGAUUUAAUAAACAAAAAUUCCCAGCUCUCUAUUUUAUCAUGGGACUUUUCAUUCCAACAUUCCAGUUAUGUGUAAGGCAGCCCGAAUAAGGAAAAUGACACACUGUCAGGUUUUGGAUGUAGAACUGCAUCACCUGACUCAUAUGCGCCAUAGAGACUGUCCUCUGCCAAAAACUCAUGUAACAGUCAUUCCUCUGACAAGCAAGGGGUUAAAUCACACGUCACAAUCCUACAGGCCGUUAGAAAAAGAAACCUGAACUGUUUGCAACUUCCGUUGCUGCAAAGGGAACUCCAGAUUGGUAACAGACUCCUUAUUCAGACCCUGGCAGCCUCAAGAGCUUCCAAGGCUGAGAGAGGAAUGAAAUGCAUUGAUCCUUUACAUUAGACUUAUAGCAAGCUCCCUUGAAAGAGGUAAUUCAUUUCCCUCAGUGUCCAUUUACAAGCAGCUAUGGCGCUUCAGAACAAAACAGGCCUAUAUUAUCCAAGCCAAACCCUGGGCCCUGAAAUAGAUGUAGAAGAAGUGAUUUUUUCCCAGACUGUCAUUUCACGAGUAUUACAUGGAUACAUUGGAAUCAUGGUCCCACUUGGGUUACUGUCUGGUAUAACUAUUCUUGCCAUUAUCAUCAGGAAAAAAAUUCGUCAUCAGACGAUGGAGAACUUGGACUUUUAUCUUUUGAGCGUGGCUGUUACAGACCUUACAAUCAUUCUGUAUUCUUUCACUGCUAUAACAAGACCGAGUUACAUGGAAAUAACAAACCUGGCCUGUGGAGCGAUCUCCACUCUCUUCAAUGUAAGCUAUUUUACCACUCAGGAUCUCCUGCUUCUCAUGUUUUUUACAAUGGUUGCUCCAAACAGUUCCAUGCUAAGCUCAUUGCUGACCACAGUAAACCAGAAUCGUUUGGCGACAAUGUCUGUCACAGUACUUUUCUCAAUUCUAAUGUCCCUCCUGGCAGCAUCAUUACUUGGCACACACAAGGAACUUCACACCACAACAUUCUGCCAGCUGGACCCACUUAAUGCCAAACCAGAGUAUGACCUUGUAAAGUUCACAGCUGGAUUUUGCUUUCCAACUCUCCUCACUCUUUUACUUUUGCUGUUAUUGGUUUAUCAGUUAAGACGAGCCGAAGAUUCCACAGUAAAGGAAAACAUUCAGACCCAGAAAGCAACCCUUCUCCAUGUUGCCAUUAUGUUUGUGUGCCGCUUAUUCUACAAUGUCAUGCUGAUUAGAAGGGCAAGUCUAAAGCUAUGUGUUCUUAGCAUGUCUGCCAGAGAGGAGCUGCUAUUUAAUGCUGCAGAACUGGUGGUAUUCAGUGGAAGUUCCCUAAAUCUAAUCUUCACCCUCACUUUCCAUGGUCCGUGCAGAUUAGGUGUCUGGAAAGCCCUACAUUUCCUUAAAAAGCUUUGUUGUAAAUCCCAAACCUAUGAUGGUGUUGAAAUGCACAGUUCCACAAAAUGAUAUUAGUUUUCCUGGCUUUGGACAAGCUUUUAUACUAGCCAUUUUCUAUGACACCAAAAAAAGAAUGAAAGGAGAAAGUGGGGGAAAAAAGUUACAAACUCAGAUUUCAAGGGCCUAUCCAGGUUAUACCUACAAAGUAUUACUACAAACAGUAAAUAUAAUUAUAUCUGUUAUUCAUUUUAUUUGUGUGAUUUCUCAGGAGUGCUGAAGCUUUUAAAAACAUUAAAAUGUAAAGAGGCAAAUUCUAGCAGGACUGCCCUUUAAAAGGCUAUAUAAAGACAUAUAAAACGUAAUGUCCUCCAGAACAGGGCUGUCCAACUGGAUGCCCAUGGGCCGGAUGGGGCCCUCUAAAGGAUUUUUGUGCCCCCCCCAAUCUCCUCAGUUGUUCCAUAGACUUCACUGUAUGACAUCAUCAUUAUAAUUGAAUACGGCCCUUCAACAUGCUGUAUGACAUAUAAUUGGACCACUCCUUGUAAUAAGUUGGACCGCCCUGCUCCAGAAGAAUCCCGUGCUGUAAUUUUUCUGUGAAGGAAAUACAUGUAUUUAUAUUCAAAUGUGAACAAAGACAUCAGAAAAGCCAUUCUCUUUGUUUUCCCUGCUUCUGAACAGCUUCCGGAACUCUGCAUGGUAUUAUAAACUCUAAUCAGCAGGGCCCAAUUUCCAUCUUGCAUCUGGCAGUAUUUGUAUCUUAUCUGUAUGUUAAUUGUAUACACCCUGCUAUUGUACAGUGCUGCUGAAUAUGUUUGUGCUUUAUAGAAAUGAUUAAGUAUUGGUAAGCUACAGACUCUCAUUACAGCUGCCCAGCAACACUCCAAAAUCACAGAGGCAGCUUAAUUGCCUUCUUACAGAAUUGCCCAUAGUGUUUGUGGGACCUUAGAGUGUAAGCUCCACUGGAGCGGGGUCUAAUGUGAAUGAAGUAUAAUCUCUAUAAAGUGCUGUGUAAAAGUAUCAGUGCUAUUAAAGAUAAAAAUUAAGUAGGAUUGCCUCCAAAUCCUCUCCUCUUUUAGCCCUCAUUUAAUGUAAACAGUCUAAUUAGUGUCAGCCUUCGCUUUGCAUGGGAGCAAAACAAACUGAUUACAUGUUUCCCAUGACAUCUCUACUGAAGGAAAUUGCUUUCUGAAUUGACGAAGUGAAGUGAAGAUCCCAGUCUCGCUGUUGUUAUAGUGUUAAGGAUCUAAGAUUUUGUGUAUUUUGUGCACCAUGUCAAAGGUUGCCCAGAAUGCAUAUGGGGAUCAAAAUCAGAGCAGAAGUUGGCAUUAAGACUGCACAUAGGAUGAGGGCAAAGAGCUUACACAGGUGAAAGGCAAGUGUUAACAUGAAGUACAGGGAUGGAGAGAAACAGAUAGCACUAAAGACAAAGGUACUUAUGAAUUACGGGGGGAAAAUGCUGUAUGUUGGGUACAGAGGAUGCAAAAAGACAACUAUGGGUAUAUCAGGUACAGGAAUUCAUAUAGGAUUCAAAAUGGAUCCUGGAUGGAUGCACAAGAAUGCCAAACUGGCUGGUGGCAUAGUGACUAUCAAGGGACCCUAAAUGGAAAGCAAAGGGGAUGGAAGGCACAGACAUUCAGAUGAGUUACAGGAUGGGUAGUACAGGGAUUCACAUGGGAAAUUGGAUGGAUGGCAAUAAAAUUCACAUAAGGCACUGAAUAAGUGGCACAUUGAUACAAACUGGCCUAGAUGGGAGAUACAGGGGGCACAGGUGAGAACAUUAUCAUUUAUCAGAAUUUUCUGGUCUGUUCUGCUCUCAGUGUAAGAGUAAUUGCAUACGGGUGGGCUUUAGAGCAACUCUAACCUCCAUCCCCUAUGGAUUUCCACUGAAAUGUUUAGGGACUUUAAUGCAAAUCUAUAGGGUACGCCAAAGGGCUCCCAAAGCACUCAUUUUCAUACCAUCAUGCAGCCAAUUUAUUUUUUUACAUUCCCUGAGUGAUGGGCAGCAGAUGGACUAAUAGCAGGUCCAGAGAAAAAGCCUUGCACAGAAAGUGUUCUGUAAUGGAAGUAGGGAGACACCUAACGUGCAAAAGGAGGCCAAGGGUGCAAAUAGUGACAAGGCAUGUGCAUAGUGCAGUGCAUGCAAUCUGUGGACACAGAGCAUGCAUACAUACAAGUAUAGAUUGCUGGCAUUAACUGACAAUAAAAUCACAAAUGAUAA